CGUCUCUGACUGGCUGAGGGGAAGACGCCGGGCGGUAAAUGGCGCUGCAGGCGGGAAGGUUGAGUGGCUGGUACGCCGAGCCUCCGGGGAGAUGUGUAGUGACUUCCAUAGGGCUGAAUCUGGGACGGAGCUCCUUGCCCGACUGGAAGGUAGAAGUUCCUUGAAAGAAAUAGAACCACAUCUGUUUGCUGAUGAAGAGUCACCUGUGCAUGGUGAUAUUCUUGAAUUUCAUGGUCCAGAAGGAACAGGAAAGACAGAAAUGCUUUAUCAUUUAACAGCACGAUGUAUACUUCCAAAAUCAGAAGGUGGACUGGAAGUAGAAGUCGUGUUUAUUGAUACAGAUUACCACUUUGAUAUGCUCCGGCUUGUUACAGUCCUUGAGCAUAGACUAUCCCAAAGCUCUGAAGAAAUAAUAAAACGCUGCCUUGGGCGAUUGUUUUUGGUGUACUGCAGUAGUAGCACCCAGUUACUCCUCACCCUGUGCUCGCUGGAAACCAUGCUCUGUAGUCAUCCCUCUGUCUGCCUUUUGAUUUUGGAUAGCCUGUCAGCUUUUUAUUGGAUAGACCGCAUCAACGGAGGAGAAAGUGUUAACUUACAGGAGUCUACUCUGAAGAAGUGUUCUCAACUCUUAGAGAAGCUUGUAAAGGAGUAUCGGUUGGUUCUCUUUGCAACAACACAAAGUAUAAUGCAGAAAGCCUCACACCUGGAGGAAGGGCCUUCCUGUGCCUUUAAUCGCCUGAGUGAUGUGGAUGUAGACUAUAGACCCUAUCUCUGUAAGGCCUGGCAGCAGGUGGUGAAGCACAGAAUACUUUUCUCCAAACAAAAUGAUUCUAAAGCCGGCAACCAGUUUUCUUUAGUUUCACGUCAUUUAAAAAGUAACAAUUUAAAAAAACACUUUUUUACUAUUGGAGAAAGUGGUGUUGAGUUUUGUUGAUGUGUAUCAUAAAACAGUCUUUUGUCAGAUCUUACGCAGUUUUAAAAAGUGUUUAAUAGGCUAAAAUGAUUUGGUUCUAAAAUUUUAAACUAAACUUUGCGCAGUGGCAGUAUCAUAGCCAAUGAGGUUUAUCCAAGGCCGAUUAUUGCUAAUUGAAACUAAACUCUAAGGGAAUCUAACAUAACCACGUUUCUACACAGAAUGGAUUUCUUAAACUGGAACCUUAGACUGUUCUGUUCCUGGGUUGUUGAAGGUUAUUCAGAGUGAUAAUAAUAAUAGUUAAACUACAUUAAGUUGUUUUAAAACUAAAUAAAUAAGAUAGACAUUUCAGUCCAAAUAAAAUGGAGUUUUCUAACUUUGUGUCACAUUUCUGGAACUCAGUUAAAUACUUGUUUAGGAAAGUUGAAAAGCCUUUCUGAUUUUUCAUAUGUAACUUCUUUAAGAAGCUGUGAACUUGGAAAAUGUUUCUAUGGAGCUGUUAUUUCUGUAAAGGGGAUGAAAGCAGGGAGCCUACCCAAUCUGCCAUUCACACCCAAGACUUCGGGAAGUCAGAGCAUUCUGAUCUGUCAUACCGAAUCCCAGGAUGCAGCUGCAUUGUGGUUGGGUUUCUGUAUAACUGUUGAAUCAUGAGGAAAUGAGAUACCCAUUCAGAGAAUUCUGUGAAGGUUGAAAUUCAUCUUUCUUGUUAAGUAACUUGUUUGUUGUUAUUGAGUCACUCAGUCAUGUUCAACUCUUUGUGACCCCGUGGACUGCAGCACACCAGGCUUCCCUGUCCUUCAUCAUCUCCCAGAGUUUGCUCAAACUUGUGUCCUUCGAGUCCAUGAUGGCAUCCAGCCAUCUGGUCCUGUUACCCCUUUCUCCUCCUGCUUCUGUCUGUUAAGUAAGAGGCAAAUGCUAAAACCAUAGUAUAACUGCACGUUACUUGUGUUUUCUUACCCAUUUAGAAUAGGUCAGACAUACCCUGAAAUGAAUCGAAAUGUUGCCAGCUGAGAGCUGGACAAGGCUUUAUAUCCCUUGGUCCAGUAAUGGCCAGAAAGGGGUGCAUGCGCCUCCAGGGACACACAAGGUAGCCUGCGGUGAAGGAGCAAGAGAAAUUUAGAACCUUGGUUCAUAUAUUCUAAUCUAAGAAAGGAUUAAGUCAUAUCAAUAUUUGAUAUUCAGAUUGACUCUAUCACUCAUUCAACCUGUAUAUCAGAUUGUCUUGUGUCACUUGAAUUUUUGAGGUAUCCUGUAGGAAAAGUGGGAAGAACAAUGGACACGGGUGUUCUCAAGGGUGUGUUCAUUUAAAUGUAACCUGCUUAGUUAAAAUUAACUGUAUGUUUACUUAUCUAAUAAAGCUGCUUUGUAAGGGCUUAAAAGAUCAUUUUCAUAAUGCAGGCAUGGCAGAUGUAGCAUAAGCUGUCUGUACCUGCAGCUCCAGCUUUGAGGAACCUGCAGUUCCCCAAACCCAGCAACUUCUGCAGGUGUCUUCUGGACGCAGAGCCUGCUGGGCGGCAUGUGGGCCAGGCGGGCAGUCCUUAACCAGUGACGGUCAGCGUUUGGUAGGUGGGUAACUCCCUCUUCCUCACCCCUCAGUGAGAAAGAAGGUAUUUCUCAGGGUGGCCCUGUAGGAGCCAUCUGUUCAUUAUCUCACUGUCUUUUGCCUUCCAUCCUUCCCUUUCUCUUCACCACGCUCAUGCAGCCUCAUGGGGUUGUCUCCCUAAGGAACAAAAUCCUUGUCUAGGAACUGCUUUUGUUGUGAGUUGAGGGGGAACCGAACUAUCGGCAGGCAAUAAAACGUCGUCAGGUUGACAGCCCUUCUAGGCGCAGUAUUUGCUCUUCAGCCACAUUAUGGAAUUUAAAAUGAUGGCAUUCUAAUUGUUAAUCAAGUUAAACUACACUGGAUCACAUUACUGUCAUUCACACCCACUUAACCUUUGUGCUGUUAAUAAACGUUAUUUUGCUAUUAAUAUACUUUAAAAUAUUGCCAUAUUUUAUCCGCAGUUCAUCUUUUUUCAUUUUAUAUUCUUGUGUAUUUUAUUACAUGCAAUACAUGUUACACGUAAAUAAUCUAUAAAUAUUUGUAUGUUGGGAGAGUAUGCUUAUUUUUCCUCCCCAUAAGAGUGUGUGAUCAGUAAGAGUGUGUGAUCAAUAAAAAUGAUAAUCUCUUGCUCUA